CUUGUAUUCUGUGUACAUCCGAAUUGGUAGCUAACUAUUAACUCUGAAUCUAUUUAACCUUUCCUUUUUUCACAUUUUUCACGAGACAGCAACAUUCCUUUCUCAUCACAAAGGAGUGGCAUGACACUCCCCUUCUCUAGCUCCUUCCCCAGCUUGCUAUUCUGUAUAAAAAUGGAGGGAAUUUGACAUCUUGCUCUUUACUCCUUUUCCUCCACUUGAAGUCUGACUGGGGUGAGACAUUCAACCAUAAUCAUGAGCAAGAACUACUUGUCCAAAAAUGAUGAGCUUCGCAAGGGAGACUAUCUGAUUUCCAACAACAAGGAGUAUAAAGCUGUCUUCCAGGAUGACGGUAACUUUGUCAUCUACGGCUGGAAGCCUGUGUGGGCUUCAGACACUUGUGGAUCAGACGUUUUCCGCCUGUGUAUGCAGGCUGACUGCAACCUGGUCAUGUACAACAAGGCCAACAGUCCCAAGUGGCAGACAAACUCCCACAAGCCAGGAGAUUGCAACAUGUGCCGUCUUCAUCUGACCAAUGAUGGCAAACUGGUGGUGAACAAGGAAAGUGAUGAAAUUUGGAGCUCUGCUAACUCCAGAGGCACGAAAUGAUGUCAUGACAUGACAAGCUUUGUUAAAUUGAAUGCUUUGCAAGUACAAGUCAUCUUUGAAUGUCAGUGUGAACAAUAAUCCUGCCUGCUAUGU